AUACAAAGAAGAGCUCGAUCUUUGUCACUAUGAAAAGAUAAAUCGACUCACAAUCGUAAACAAAUUCUACAAAAAACACCAUGUCGAUUGAGGAUGUUCAGAAACAUUCAGUGCAUACCCUGGUGUUCAGAUCACUGAAGAGAACUCAUGACAUGUUUUUAUCUGACCAGGGUAAUGCUCCAAUGAAAUUUGAUGAAAGUGAGAAACUUAAACGUCAGAUAAAGGUUCAGGAUGAAUUUGGUCCAGUGAAGGAAGCUGCCAAAAGAGAAGUAAGAUCCAAACAAAUGCAACAAGUUGGUGGUGUAGGAGAAGCCCAUAAUGGAACUGUACAAGGUGAUAGUGAUCAUAUGAGAAAUGCAUAUGAUUUAGAAAGAUCAGACCCAAGUAGUCGGGCAUUGGUUGCUGUAAAUAUAGGACAACAGCAGAUGCUAGUUCCCAAGAAAGCUCCCACUAUGCCUAAACCUAAUUGGCAUCCUCCUUGGAAACUUUACAGGGUUAUCAGUGGUCACACUGGUUGGGUCAGAUGUCUGGCUGUAGAGCCUGGCAAUGAAUGGUUCUGUUCUGGUGCUGCUGACAGAGUUAUAAAGAUUUGGGAUCUGGCAACCGGAACUUUAAAAUUAACUCUCACUGGUCAUGUGAGUACAGUCAGAGGUCUAGCUGUGAGUGCCAGGCAGCCAUAUUUGUUUUCUUGUGGAGAAGAUAAAAUGGUGAAGUGUUGGGAUUUGGAACAAAACAAGGCCAUCAGGCAUUACCAUGGUCAUCUCAGUGCUUGCUAUGCAUUAGAUCUUCAUCCUACUAUUGAUGUCUUAGUCACAUGUGGUAGAGAUGCAACUGUCAGGAUCUGGGAUAUUAGGACUAAAGCUUGUGUUCAUACAAUGGCAGGUCAUAGUAACACAGUAGCUGAAGUGAAAUGUCAGUCUGCAGACCCACAGGUGAUCUCUGGCAGUCAUGACUGUACUGUGAGGCUAUGGGACCUGGCUAUGGGCAGGACAAGAGUUACAUUGACUAAUCAUAAGAAGAGUGUCAGAGCUUUAGCAUUGCAUCCAGUACAAUAUUCCUUUGCCUCUGGAUCACCUGACAACAUCAAACAAUGGAAGUUUCCUGACGGUACAUUUCUCCAAAAUUUAUCUGGCCAUAAUGCUAUUGUGAAUAGUCUGGCUUGCAACUCUGAUGGUGUCCUGGUUUCUGCAGCUGACAAUGGUAGCAUGCAUUUUUGGGAUUGGAAGACUGGCUACAACUUCCAGCGUGUCCAGGCACUUGCUCAACCAGGCUCCAUCCACUCUGAGGCUGGGAUAUUUUCUUUAUGUUUUGACCACAGCGGUUCAAGGCUCAUAACUGGCGAGGCUGACAAAACCAUUAAGAUUUACAAGGAGGAUGAGACUGCUACUGAAGAGACACAUCCUAUCAAUUGGAGGCCAGACAUAUAUAGAAAAAAGAAAUAUUGAACUGCAUUUUAUUUUCUGUUUGUAAAUAAAAACAUUUUUCAUUUAAUUUCUUUUUCUGCAUUUGUCAUUGUAAAAUGUACAUUCUGUUGUUUGAAAUUACUCAGCAAAAGAGAAUAAAAAUUGUCCAAAGAUU